AGGGACCAUGACCUUCGUGACGCCCGACGGCGAGGUGACCGCCUCGGCGGGGGAUCUGAUGACCGUGCCCCCGGGGGCGAUCCACACGUUCAAGAACGCGUCCGAGACGGAGGACUGCGAGUGCUACAUGACGGCCACGCCAGGUGAAGUAGGCCCGACGAUCCAUCUUUGGGAGCGAGGUGUUUCCUGACUUUGAAUACUUCGCACGUCACGUUGCAGGUCACUAUGUCGACUGUGAGUUUCGCAAGCCCCCUUUACCAGCCAGCU